CCAGGGAUGUUAAAAAAAAGGCCCAUCUAAUCAUACUCCCCCAACCGCGCCACUGCACCCAAUCGAUCAAUUAUUUAGACCAUCAUCAGGUCUAACAAGCAUCUGAAGAUACCUGAUAUGCAAAUCCCGUAAAAUUUCUGUUUAUAACAGUUCGUAGCGCAAAGAGAGACAUGUCGUCGUCGACGGUAGCCAAGUUUUCGGUGUCACGGAUGUAGGAACUAGGUGAGACUGUCCGUUUUGCGCCUUCUUCACGACGAAGAUGAUCAGGUCGUGGGUGAUCUGUUUCGCGAUCCUGGUGCCCGUAUAUCGUGCCCGGUUUCUGCUGCCCCAUGUGCCCAAUGUGCUUCAUCCACCGGUUCCAGAUGACAUUAGGAUCGACAUGGAGAAUGCGGAAAACCUGGAAAACGUUGACCCGGAAAUAACACCAGGUUUGUACCAGGGAGAUAUGGCUAUGACGAAUGAACUCUACCAUUAUUGGAGGGUUGGCUUGAAGUGGGAAACGUUCCCAGAAAAAAUGUGGCCUAAUGGUACAGUGCCUUAUGCCAUCAGUCCUUUGUAUGAGCCAGCAGAACAAGCAACCAUCAUGAAGGCAAUACGCAUCCUCAACUUCAUGACCUGUAUAAGAUUCGUCCCAUGGAAUGGUAAGAGUGCAGACUACCUACUGAUCUGGCCCGUACAGUAUCCAAAGGGAUGCUGGUCUUUUGUGGGACGACAUGGUGGUCCUCAAGUAGUAAGCCUACAGCCUCCAGACUCCAGAAGUCCUAACUGCCUGGGAACCGAAGGAAGAGCCUUGCAUGAAUUAAUGCAUGCUUUGGGGAUUUUCCAUGAGCAGUCUAGAUGGGAUAGAGAUAAAUUUGUCAAAGUGCAUUACGACAAUAUUAUUCCCCAAUUCAAAGCUAAUUUCGAGAAAUUGAGUUUGGAGAAUACAACCUACAGUUUCGAAUAUGAUUAUAACUCGAUAAUGCAUUAUGGAAAAUAUUACUUCAGUAAAGGCAAAGGAAAGGCUACGAUUACAGCAACAAUGCCGGGAAUAAAAAAAUUAGGACAAAGGAAAGCACUGUCGAAGGGAGACUGUUUGAAACUGAAUGAUCUCUAUAGUUGUUUUGAUAAUCCACGGAAAAGAAGAAAGUAUUACAAUAUAUGCAAUUUUAUGGGAGUAUAGUUCAUAAUAAAA